UUGAGAAGCAAAGCUCUCUUAGAUUAGAUGGCUGACCCUGUUAUCUCUUUUGUAAUUGAGAGAACUGGCGAUCUGCUUAUUGAAAAAAUUGUUUUCCUGAAAGGUGUUCGACGACAAGUUGAGAGACUCAAAAAUGAUCUGGUCCGGAUGCGGUGUUUCCUGAAAGAUGCAGAUCAAAGGCAAGAUGAAGAAGAGAGGAUCCGAAACUGGGUUUCUGAAAUCAGAGCUGCGGCCUACGAUGCGGAGGAUAUCAUAGAGAUCUUUGCCAGCAAAGUUGAGUUCUUCACAAAGGACGAGGGACUUGUCACCAAAUUGACGUAUUAUCCCUUGAAAAUUGUGAAACUCUGCAAGAUUGGUAAAGAGAUUGAGUCCUUACAGAUGAGGCUCAAUGACAUAGCUGCUAGCCGCGAAAAGUUUGGUAUCAAAAAUCUUGGAGAGGGAACGACUACGCAUGGGGAAGAGCUUCAAUGGAUCCGGCGAUCCUCUCCUUUCAGCGAGGAAAAGGAUGUAGUGGGCCUCGGGGAGAUAACAAAAUCGCUGGUGGCAGAACUUUUGAAAGAGGACAGAAACCGCCGCGUCGUUUCAAUCAUUGGCAUGGGAGGUGCUGGUAAGACAACUCUAGCCAAAAAAGUUUAUAACCAUGCUGAUGUUAGGGAGAGAUUCAACUGUCGUGCUUGGGUAUGUGUCUCUUCAAGCUACGAUUACAGAAAGAUGCUGAGGGCAAUCAUAAAGCAACUGAAUCCAAUAACUAAUGAGCUACUUGACAUGUUGGAAAAGAUGGAAGAGGAAGACUUGGAACGAAGGCUCUAUCAAGAUCUACAAGACAAAUGUUAUCUUGUGGUGCUUGAUGAUGUAUGGGAGGAAGCAUCGUGGGAUUGUCUUGCCAGGAGGGCCUUUCCUGAUGUUGGCACAGCAAGUAGAGUGCUACUUACAAGUCGCAAUCGGGAUGUUGCCCAACACGCUGAUGCUUAUAGACACCCGUAUGAGUUGAAAACUUUGGGGCAGGAAGACAGCUGGCAGUUGUUUCUCAAAAAGGCCUUAGGCCAUGGAGCUAAUGCUGGGUGUCCUUCGGAUUUGGAAGAAGUAGGCAGAGAGAUUGCAAGGAGAUGUGCCGGUCAACCACUGGCCAUAACGGUUAUAGGUGGCCUGCUACUAGGCAAGAAUAAGUCGAAGACUGAAUGGGAGAACGUUCUCAACAACUUUGGCGCAUACCUAUCAAGGAGCCAGAGUGAAGCAGGGAAAAUUAGUGAAGCAGGGGCAAUUCUGGAAUUAAGUUAUGCAGACCUCCCUGCCAAUCUGAAAUUUUGCUUUUUGUAUUUGGGUUUGUUUCCCGAAGACUCCGUGAUUUCUGUGCGCAAGUUGAUCGGUCUGUGGGUUGCUGAGGGAAUAAUGCAGAAAAGAGAUGCAAAAAAUCUGGAGGAAACUGCAGCAUAUGAAGAUGUGGAGCGACUUUGUAGCAGAAAUAUGGUCCAGGUGGCGGAAAUGACGGUUGAUAAGAGGAUUAAAAGCUGCAGAGUCCAUGAUUUACUGCGAGAGCUUGCAAUCAGAAAGGCAGAGGAUGAAAAUUUUUUUCAGAUCAAUGACACCAGAGAUGAUGAAAUAUCAGCCAAAUCCAGGUACCUUGCUGUUCAUAGUCUCCCUCAGGAUAAAAAUUAUUUUGGGUCUUCGACCCCUCCUCUCCGGUCUCUGCUUUUUUUCAAUAUCCGGGAAAACAUUAGUCUUAUCUUCAAAAGUUUCAGAAAGCUUAGGAUACUAGACUUUGAGAAUGUUAGGAUGUACUCUAAUUUGCCAAAAGAAAUUGGUGAGGUCAGGCUUCUAAGAUACCUCAAUUUAAGAGGCACAUACAUUCCAAGGCUCCCUCUUUCCGUCGGUUGCUUGCGAAACCUACAAACUCUUGACAUACGGAGCUUUGAUUGGGAAGUGAAAGUUUCAAAUUUCAUUUGGAAGCUUGAAAGUUUACGGCAUCUAUAUGCGGAUGAGAUGGAAUGUGAUGUGCCUCUUAAGAUUGAAGGAUUGAGGAAUCUCCAGACUCUGUCAGGCAUACGCUUUGGGGACGUUAUGCACAAUAACAUGAUAACUUUGACAAGUCUUCAGAAACUGGGGAUUGUAGUGACUGAAAGGUCAGAGACAGACAAACUCUGCAUGCAUUUAUCAGAGGUUGGAAGCCUAAAGGCGCUACAUCUUUGUUUUUAUUGGGGAGGGCGGUGGCCACAAUCUCUAGGUGGACUUUCUAAGCUCCAUCAUGUAACAGAGCUUAAGCUAGUCGGGCUGGAUUUGAGAAUGCUGCCUCCUGAUUUCCCUCCAAAUCUCUCUCGCUUGUCUUUGAAAGACACAUGUCUCGAGGAUGACCCAAUGCCAGUACUGGAGAAGUUGGGAGAGCUGUCGUUCCUCAAAAUGAACUUUGCAUUUGAGGGACCACAGCAUAUGGUCAUUUCUAGGCAUGGGUUUCACCAAUUGAAAUUCCUUGAGCUCAAUAGCCUAUUUGAUUUGGAGGAAAUAAAGGUGGAGAAAGGAGCAUUGCCACAGCUCCAGUGCCUGAGAAUCAGGCGCUGCCGCAGAUUAGCAAAGUUGCCGGAAGAGCUGAAGCACAUAUCUACUCUUGAUACGCUUGAGCUUGUGGGGAUGCCAAAAGAUUUCAUCAGUGGGCUUGAUGCGGACCUGGUAUCCAGUGUCCCUAACCUCAGAAUAUUUUGACUCGCAGAAGGGAAAGAAGUAUUUGUAUUUCGCGCAUAGAAUGGAAGGUAUGUCGUGUAGUGAUUAAUAAAAUUAUUUCAA